AUUUGUUAUUCCUUAUGUUGUUUCAAAAACUCAGUUUAGUGAGAUUAGUUAUUGAGGAGAUGUUUUACUUAUCCAAAGUGCACAUAUCUUUCUUUUCUGCAGUAUCUGGCCACUAGAGCGUACAACAUAACUUUUCUAAUGGAAGAAGUAUUGCAGCGCUACUUGUGUGACGAGUUAGCAGAAAGGCGAAAAGUACAUGAAGAAGAGAUGAAAGAACUGUCAAACUUGAACCAGGAAGUGCCCAUCUUUGUUUGCACCAUGGCAUUUCCUACCAUUCCCUGCCCACUGCAUGUUUUUGAGCCUCGAUACAGGCUUAUGAUACGCAGAUCUAUGGAAACGGGAACCAAACAGUUUGGCAUGUGCAUUGCUGAUGAACUAAAAGGGUUUGCAGACCACGGCUGUAUGCUGCAGGUGAGAGAUGUCAAGUUUUUUCCUGAUGGACGCUCUGUGGUGGACACCAUAGGCAUUGCUCGUUUCAAAGUGCUCAGUCAUGGGCAGAGAGAUGGAUACCACACAGCCAAGAUUGAAUAUUUAGAGGAUAAGAAGGUUGAAGGAGAGGAGUUGACAGAGCUCCUGAAAUUGCAUGACUCAGUGUAUGAUCAGGCCAUGGCCUGGUUCACUUCACUUAAAGAUGAUAUGAAGAGCCAAAUCAUCAGCCAUUUUGGGCAGCUGCCUGUCAAAGACUCUGAUCCACAGGGGAAUCCCAGUGGCCCUGCGUGGUGUUGGUGGCUGUUGGCUGUGUUGCCGCUGGAAAACAAAGCCCAGCUGACCAUCCUUGCCAUGAACACUCUUAAGGACCGGCUGAUUGCCAUCCGCAGGGUCCUCAUUUUUGUAACUCGCAAGCGCCCUCGGUGAUAAAUGAGGAUUUUUCAAAAUUAACCCAUAGCUUGGGAAUGCUGCCCCAGGCUGGGGUCACAGAGGUGUCUUCCAGUAGCCAUUUUGGUCAGUUAUUGCAUAAUGCAGCCCUCACCAAUUAGUGAAAUUGUGCAAUAAUAAAGUCUGCAUAUUAAUAUGGUAAUUUAGACUUAUCAAUUAGCAGUGGUGUUAUAUUAUAAUGUAGUCAUUGUAUGAAAGCGCUUGUAAAUGAUGGCCUACAUUAGGAAGCUCUCCUUUAGUUCAGGUGCAGUCAGACCGUACACAAGUUUUACAGUAGCAACAAACAUUAUGAAAACAGUGGUAACUUUUUUCUUAAGCACUUUCUGCUGUUUGAAAAUAUCACCUCUGUUUUGUGCCUAGAUUGUGUGUAAGGCUGACCAAAUGCUUCCCAUGGGCUUGCAAGGAUCAAUACUGGCCUUAUUAUGUGUUAGGGAAGAAAAAAAAACUCUGCUUAAUUUUGCAAAUGAGCAGCCACCUUAUUUCCAUAGUGUGAAAUGUCUUGACUUUGACUUAAUAUAAAAUUACAUGUAUUGUAACUAUGCUUUCUCUCUCUAUCUUUAUUUCUUAUAUCCAUUUUGAUGUCUAGUUAAUUCAGAAACUAUAAAUUCAGUCAUAAAUUGCAAUGUUCUGCUGAUGUCCAUUCAUUUUUCCCCAUGGAUAUAAAAUAGUCUUGUAGGCCAUACUCUCCAAGCUUGAAUACAGCCUUAAUGAUAUUUAGUAACAACCACAGGUGAUUUUUAUAUUUUUUUCUUCUUUUUCUUAAAUUGAAUCGUCAAUGGGGAAAAAAUUGUGUGAAGUCAUACUGUAAAUUUUAAGAAACAGGCAAUCUUUUUUUUAUGUGACGCAUAAUAUACAAGACUGUGAUGGGUGGCUUAUGUCUAUUUAAUAACCUUUAUAGUCUAUAAGAGGCCAUUGAAUAUUCACACUCUUUUUCUUCUCAUUUUCAUUCUUGUCUUUUUGUGAUGAGCAUGUCUUGUGUAUAUCCAUUAUCUACCAUUUCCUGUGCAAGUUACUACUUAGAUGCUGCAUUUUUUCAUGUAAAUUUGUACAUCAAUAUAAAAUAAAACACAUUUUGUAUUUUAAAGCAAAA